UUUAUACGUAAUAAAAAAAAAAGUCAUCUUCCCCAUCUCAUGACAGCAGUGCACACACAAUCCAGCACAUCACUGAGCAGGCGGAGCUGUUCAAGGGCUGUGUGAGCGCUUAUAAACUGCAGCUCUUUGUUCUGGCCCUGAUUCUGAGGAGGAACAAUUGCUUUGCUCUGCACGCCUGUGACACAGUGACAAUCUCCGGGGCAUCAUGGACGAUGACUUUGACCGCCGCAUGGAGCUGAGGAGGCAGAGGAGGGAGCAGAUGCGUCUGGAAGCUGAGAAGUCGGGUUUCGCCAACGAAGACGACGAAGAGGAAGCGCGGGAGAGGAGGCGCCAGGCGAGGGAGGAGAGGAAGAAGAUGAGAGAGCAGGAGGAGGAGGCCGGGACCGAGGGAAGCACAGAAGUACUCGACACAAGGUGGAGUGCGGACGUAGGAACGAUGCCGACGUGUGCCACAGAGGAAGACUCCUCCACCCUCACACCCAGCGCUGGAGGAGUAGAUGACGACCAGGCUUUGUUGGAGCGUCUCGCCAAGAGAGAGGAGCGGAGGCAGCAGAGAAUGAAGGAGGCCAUGGAGAGACAAAAGUCAUUUGAGUCCACCGCCAACAGCACAGAGGAGGAGCAAACAGGGGGACAGGAGGAGGACAGGGGGGAGGAGACACCUGUCCAAGAGGAGGUGUCGGAACCUGUCGUCAACUCCAGUGAGAAAGAGGAAGAAGUGAAGCAGGAAGAAGCCAAGGAAAUUAUCGAGGAGUCGGCGCCGUCAUUAACGACCACUGAGGAGGCGGAGGCUCCAGCUGCAGAAGAAGAGGUCGAUCAGGGAGAAAAAGAAGCUCUUGAAGAUGAGGAAGAAGAAGGAACGCAAGAACUGGAAGAGAAGCAGAGGAUAGAAGAAGAGCAGCAACAAAAACUGGAAAUGGAGGAAAAGCUAAAAAGGGAUGAAGAGGAAAGGCAAACGAAGGAAGAGGAGGAAAGAAAGAAUAGGGAGGAAGAAGGGCAGCAACAGGCAGAAAUGGAGGAGAGGCUGAAAGACGAGGAGGCAGAAAAACUUAAAAAUCGGAGAGAGGAGGAAGAAAAACGGCAGCAAGAGUUGCAGGAACAGCAGCGAAAAGAAGAAGAGGAAAAACGCCAGAGGGAAAUAGAAGAGCAAAAGAAAAAAGAAGAGGAGGAACAACAGAAGAGAGAGGAGGAGGAGAAACUUCGAAGGGAAAUGGAGGAGAAGAUGAAGAAAGAGGAGGAGGAAAAGAGGAAAAAAGAAGCCGAGGAGCGGCAGAAAAAGGAGGAAGAGGAAAGAAAGAAGAGAGAGGAAGAGGAAAAACGUAAAAAGGAAACGGAAGAAAGAAAAAGAAAAGAGGAGGAGGAGUUAAAAAAGAAGAGAGAGCAGGAAGAAAAGAAAAAGAAAGAGGAGGAGAGGCAGAAAAAGGAAAUGGAGGACAAGAGAAAAGCAGAGGAGGAAAAGCGUAAGAAGGAGGCGGAAGAGAAAAUGAGGAAAGAAGAAGAAGAAAAACGCAAGAAGAAAGAAAUGGAAGAAAAGAAGAAGAAGGAGGAGGAGGAAAAGCCGAAAAGAUUUGGUUUCAAGGAAAAGGUUGAAGCUGACAAACAGAACGGAACCUUCAUAGAGAAUAAACUCAAGAAGACAACAAGGGACAACCCUCCUCCUUCGUCGAAAGCGGACGAUGCGCAGCGCCGGGAAGCCGAGCGAAAGCUGCAGGAGCUGAAGCGCCGACGAAACAACCAAGAGAGCGAGGAGUUUGAGAAGAUGAAGCUCAAGCAGCAGGAAGGGGGGGAGUGGGAGAAGCGGAAGAAGAAGAGAGAAGAGAGGAGGAAGGUCCUGGAGGAGGAGGAGAGGCAGAAGAAACAGGAGCUGGAGGACAAGAAAGCCAAAGAACAGGAGGAGAGGAAGAAGAUGAAAGAGGAGAUAGAGAAGAGGAGGGCGGAGGCAGCGGAGAAGAAGAAACAGAUCGAGGAAGAAACCACUAAACAACCGUCCUUCGCCAUCAGUCCCAAAGGUUCCUCCAAGAUUGGGGAGAAAGCAGAGUUCCUCAACCGAUCUGCCCUGAAAAGCACUGCACCCAGAGCCGCUCAUUCCCCGAUUGUCUCCAGGAUUGGGAACAGAAUGGAACAGUACACGUCCGCCAUUCAGGGAAACAAAGAGCCCAAAUCGCCCAAAUCUCCAGCGGCAGACAUUCCUACGGGAGGCACACGCAGCAUCAAGAGCAUGUGGGAGAAGGGAAACGUCGGCAACACCGCCGAGAGUCCAGCUCCUGCUCACAAGGACGCGGUUGGUGCCAAAGCAGGCGUAGCAGGACGUGUCAACAGCUGGAUGGCAAAGCCAGCAGCAGAACCAGAGAAGGCUUCACCAGCACCUGCAGCUGCUCCUGCUCCGACACCAGCAGCACCAGCAGCAGCAGCAGCAGCAGCAAAGUCUGCAGACGUGAAACCCAGUGAUAUUGGAAACAAGCGUGGAAUGUGGGAAACUAAAAAGACCUCCACACCUCCUAAGGUACCACUCGGAGGAAAGGGCAAGUUUGUUACUAAUGGUAAGUUUCAAUUUUGUUGGAAAAAAAAUAAAAAAUCUAAUAACAUUUACUCAAGUACUCAACUGUUAAAAGAUAACAAAUGUUACAAAUAUAUAUACUGAUUUACAGUUAAAUGUUUGUCUGGUUUCAGAGGUCAAAGUUCAGAAAAUCAAGCAAUUAGUCACGUAAACGUUUUAAUUCCUUACUAUUCACUUAUGGGGCCAAAUGUAUUGUUCAUGAUGAGUGGUGGAGAAGAAGCACCCGGUCGUCCCUUGUCCUUCAGGCUAUUGUCUGGAUGACAGGGGGACAUGUCA